AUGGAUUUUGGUACCACAGGAGACAUUGAGAAUUGGUCAAGCUUUCAUUCGACAUAUUGGAAAGCUUUCAACGAUUUCUGGAAAAAGUUGUAUAAGUUUGAAUUUCGUGUUUUAACAUGGGAAGAGAUGGCAAAUGAAUUAGUGGACUAUUUACCGUUAUAUUGCGGCGAACAAGCAGAUACUAUAGAUUUAGGUCAAUUUGAUGACGAUUUAUUAGAAAAAAUUUCUAUAAAUUGUUACAUUGCAGCCACAAAUGUUAGAUUAGGAAUCAAAAUGAUGCAAAUAGAAGCAAAAGGUGUCCCUGAUUCAUUUAUCAUGUCCAGGAAUUCUUGGAAUUUUCUACAGGGACUGGUUCAACAUUUUCAGGAGUUGAUUUGGGAAGUACAAGAAAUAUAG